GUCUGUUUUAACUUCAUCGAGUUGAUAUGGGAUUAUAAGAUUGAAUUCCGCCCUGACUUCAACUUUAGAGUAGCUGAAUUUCGGCUCGUAUCGUCGUGCUACAGCGCAUAUUUUAUUGUGAAUAGCUGAUCACUGUCUGGAAUUGGAUUUGGCAUAACUGAAAACACAUGCUGAUUAACAUAAGACCUUGGAGAAACCAGGGAAACUAUUCGGAAAAAAUUGAGAUUAAUUGAAAUAAAAAUAGUUACAGCUGUGUAUAUACUGCAGGGAUUAGGUCGUUAAAUGCUUUUCUCUUGAAUUGCACAUGCAGUUUUCAAGGAAUCAGUCAAUAAUAAUGGACUCAUUUCGGAAGCAUGUCACUCUGGUUAUUAUCGCACUUACUUUGAUACAGGGUGUCUCUGCCUUUUGUCAGGAGAAAAUGGUGAAUGACAAAGGAUACAAAGCUUGUGUAAAGAGGUAUCAUGAUUUCAUUGAGAAACACGAAGCCUUAAAUGGAACACAUGACGCAGAAGCUGUGUUUAAAACGUUGUGCAGUCCAGAAGGAAGAACUGAAUUUUAUUGUAUGCUUCGUUAUUACAUUAAUUGUCCGGAACUUUUGAAUUCCGACGGUCCUGCAGGAAACCCAUUUGAGAAAAUAAAAAUACCAGGCGUUGAAGUGUCUUCGUUUCUGUACUUGGAUAGCAUGGAUAAUAUCUGUGGUAUGAAUACUGGUACAUGCAGUGAAGUAAAAAAGUGUUUCACCGGUCUUGAACAGUAUGUGAGAUAUACACCAAAACCAGACAACUACUUUCUAGCGUUUCAGAACGAGACGAAACGGAUCUGCGGAGAAAUAAAGGAUGGAUUGAUGUGUGUGUUAAAUAUUACUGAAAGUUGUCCUAGAUCCCUUGAUGAGAAGAUAGAAGGAAAGUUUCAGAAUUUGAUGCACAGAAGAAUGGCUAAUAUAUACAACGCAAUAUCAUACAAUCAGGCGAAGCAUUUUAUACUGAACGAAUGCGAUAAAACAGCGCCAGAUUUUGCUGUGGACAUGUGUACAAAGAGCAUAUUUUUGUCAGACAACUUCACGACAUGUAAUGAGGAUAUUGCUAUGAAAUAUUCACAGAAACGCAGCUGCAAUGUACACGUACUAAUCAAGCAGUGCUUAAUCGAUAACAUAAAACCACACUGUGCAGAGGAGACGACCAUGUUUUUGAUUCGUAACAGUCACAUGAUUUUUCCGGGAAUUCCAGAUAAUUGUGAAAAUGGCGGGAAUAAUAUUUGUCAGACGUCAUCUGAAAUAAUAAUCAUGUCGUUGUUUUGCUUUUAUCUUUUCUUCAAAGCGUAGAAAAUGUGUUCUCAAUGAUUGAAGAAGUGAAAGCAACUCUUUGGGAAUCGGCGCUCAAGCAAGACCCAAUUUGGACAUAAACAAUGAAGACUUAAAAUGUGACAUUAUACGGCGGUAAAGUCAUUGUGUCACAGUCGUAACGUCAAACGUUAGAGCUGCACGCUGAAAAUGAUUACGACACAAAGCAGGCAAACAAUAGACAUGUCAUUAAUGAUGUAUAUAGUAAUCCCAAAUAUCCUGUUAGAAUGGAAAAUACAUAUUUCAAACAAUCCCUUGAAAUAAAUAAUUGUUUGUCAAUCAGAUGAAUAUUACCAAAUCUCUCGAAAUGAGCUCUCUUGAUAAAAUUUCUUCGCUCCUGAAUUCCAAACAGCGAUUCUAUUCAACGUGAGGUCAUUUUUGGGAUAACUUAUUUCUUUAACAAUAUUUUCCGUGAUAAAAAGACCUUGAGAAGUAUUCUUUGAUUUUAGUUAAUAUAUGUAUAUCACAGAUAUUUAUAGUAGUAUAUUGACAGAUUUAUAGUCAUUUCCAACA